CCGUGCGCAGCAGCUCCAUGUGGAUAUGUGUGGUGAACGUGCGUGUACAUGACAUGUGUCUGGCGAGGUAUGGAGCGCUGCGAGGACUCUCCCUAAACCCACUGCAGACCUUCGAGAGGUGAAUGUCCUGUAGGUGGCGUUCUGUAGGUGGGGGAGGCGAUGCAGCGGCUGUGGGCUCCAGUCACGGUGCGGCGCGUGGUCCUGCUGCGCUCCGCGUACCUGGGUUACACCUGGGCUGUGCGUGAGCUUCCUGUGACCGUCCGGACCUCACGCUGCUUCAGUUGCACUAAUGUCAUCAGGACGAAGGAGGGCCGCAAAACCUCCACGGAAGAAGAAUCACAGAUAAACCCUCCACAGAGUCUAGCAGGGACUGAGGGGCUUUAUGCGACUGAUACGGGGUCUGACCCUCAAAAUAAGGCUGAAGUAGACCCUCUGCAGGACAAGUCUAUCGGGCUUUUUCAGAGGUUUAAAAAGACGUUUAAACAGUAUGGUAAAGUCUUGGUGCCUGUGCACAUCGUCACGUCCACUGUGUGGUUUGGGAGCUUUUAUUAUGCUGCAAUGAAAGGGGUGAAUCUGGUCCCGUUUUUGGAGUUCAUCGGUUUACCGGAUUGGAUUGUGGGAAUUUUGCGAGAUUCCCAGGGAGGCUAUGCACUCACAGCCUAUGCAAUGUAUAAGCUCGCAACUCCUGCACGAUACACCGUUACACUGGGUGGCACGUCCCUGUCUGUACAGUACCUCCGCAAACAUGGAUACCUCUCCACACCUCCGCCCGUUAAAGAGUACCUUCAAGACAAAAUGGAGGAGACCAGGGAACGGCUGACUGAAAAAAUGGAGGAGACAAAAGAGAGGUUUUCAGAGAAGAUGGAAGAAACCAAAGAACUGCUCUCAGGACGAAUGGAAGAGACCAAAGAGCGCUUCUCCGAGAGAAAAGACAAGCUUUCUGAGAAACUGCAGGAGACGAAAGACAAAAUGACGUUCCGUAAGAAAGCCGACUAGGCUGCGUGGCGAUGGGAAGAGAUGCAUCACUAAAAACAGUACUCAAAGUGUACUGUGGAAUGUUUUCACACAAUCAAUAAUUUCUGUCACAAGGUAACUGGUGUUGAUUUAAAGGGAUAGAUUAGCUGAAAAUGAUUAACCUUCUCC